GUCCAUCCUCUCCUGUAGCCAAUGGAGCAUCAGGCAAGACGACGAGGAACGCCUAUACACGGACUAGCAACAAAAAUGGAGUAGAAUGACUUGUUAACUUAUACCUCAGCUCUUGUUAUGCUAAAUUAAGUGCUAGCUAGCAAUCAAGAACAGUAUGCUUGGUUAUUCGAUGCAACACAGUUUGAUUAGCGUCGAAGUCAAACGUAAUUUUACAAAUAACACAUGUCUUUAUUUGAUUGUAGCAUAGUCUAAGCGAAUUUGUAAACAACCAGUGCUUUCUUAGCUACGACAAAACACUGGCUAUAAUAGUAGCUAGCUAACGUAAGCGAGUUGCUUGCUGGACAGACAAGCUUGGCUAGUUAGCUAGCUGGUGGUCUUUGCUAGUUUAUUAAAUAUUUGGAAAUGACUUGGAAUUGAUGCACAUAUUCCUUGUACUUUGUGUAAUCUUGAAUAUUUGAGAAAGCCAACGCCGAAUAGCGCAUUUUGCUAGCUAGCUAAGCAGGUUCGUGUUGUUGCAAGCAUAUUUUCCACGCGCAUCAGCUAACAUUAGCUAGCAACUUUUGUGUCUGUGUGUUGUCUUCCUGGGGUCAAAAGCCACCAUGGAUAAGGUAACGUCUCUUUCUUUUCUUUUAGGUAGUUAUCAAGCUAAACAAGUCCGCUAUGGGGGGUCGGGUUGACUGCUAACUAACGUUAGUUGGCUACCAUGUUUUGAAUUUGAACUCGCUAACGUUAGUUCGCUAAGUUAGGCAAUGUGUUUACUUUUGGAUCCUCAACUGGCUUAGUUAACUAACUGGAUAUGACAGCUAGAAAAUAAACAUGUUUCAUGAUAUAGGCCAAUAUGUUGUCCCUCACUAGCUACUCAUCUUAUUUAUUAGCUAGGUAACUAGCUAUGUCAUUUGUACAAUAAUUGCUCAGUUGGCUGACCAGGAAGAUAUUUCCCAAUCCUACUGUUCAGACUUGAAGUAUCCUCAAAAGUUUGAAUAGUGUAUGUCAGCGUGGCUAAUUUCUCACACUUGCCUUUUUUCCUAAACAGGCAGAUUUUUUAAAAGGACUACCUGUCUUCAACAAAAGCAAUUUCAGCCGAUUUCACGCAGACUCUGUCUGCAAAACUUCAGUAAGUGUUAUCCUGCCUUAUCAUUUCUGUAUGUCAAAGCAAUCUCAAAUGAAUGGGAUUGUUUUGGUGUUUCACCUGUACUGGAGAUCAUGAAAAGGCCAAAAUAGAUAUUGUGCCAAAAAAUGCAUCACGUAGCUGAUCUUUAUUGUUAUAUUUCUCACCUGAUGUUUGAGACUUUCAGUUAGUGGACACAUACUUCAUUUAGACUCUUUGUCACUGAUUUCGGUCUUUGUUUCAGAACCGGAGGCCCUCUGUGUAUCUUCCAACUCGGGAGUAUCCAUCAGAACAGAGUGAGUGUCCCCACAAAUUCAAAUGGUACUCUGUUGCCACAGUAUCUGUGCUGAUGUGUACUUCGGAUUGGAAUAGUGUGGAGUUUGAGUAAUAAAGGUUACACAUUAUUGAUCUAUAGUUACAACAUAAACACAUUCUUUGUGAUUUAUAUUGGUUUUGAUCUGAUCUAUAUAUUUCCUUCAAGUCAUUGUCACAGAGAAGACAAAUAUUCUAUUGAGAUACCUUCACCAACAGUGGGACAAAAAGGUAAAGUAUUGGGAAAGUUGAUACCUUGGAAAGUCUUAAUGCAUUGUUCCUUUACACGAUAUGGGCACUGUAUUGUUGUUUAAUGUAUGUUAGCUAGUUUUCCAACCCCUCUCCAUGUCUUAUGUCUCGACAGAAUGCGGCCAAAAAGAGAGAGCAGGAGCACACUGAGGGGGAGAACACUGCACCCCCGCGGAAAAUUGCCAGAACGGACAGUCAGGAGUUGAAUGAGGACUCGUAGAGUGCUGUGUCAGCAACAUGCAACACACACACACACACACACA